AUAGCUCAACAAGUUUCCACUGAAGUCCCUGUAGUUACUGAAUAAUAAGCCUUAGUAUGUAAUAAGUCUGGAAUUAAGAGGUUAAGAAAACAAAUUCACCCACUUCCGUUUUCACAUUUGGUACACAGAGUAGACUAUAAAAACUCUGCUGAAAAACAGAUGCUUAUUUCAUCUUGCAGGUUUGAGACUGCUGACUAUGAUGUAUAAGGUUCUGGGUUUGGUGGCCCUUUUGCUGGUCUGCUCUGUCCGAGCUGAGGAGCGCCGGCUGUCUGUCGGGGAGAAGUUGGAGAGAGCUAACAGAAACAUCGUUCGUGGUCCUAAUGAGCCAAGAGUUAUAGGAGACAUUGCUGUGGACGACACUGGAAGGAACGCUGAUCCCUGCACUGCUCUAGGCUGCAAGUGGCCCAAGUCCAGUGACGGAUUGGUCUACGUGCCAUACGUCAUUGCCAACCACUACUCCUCCCGUGAGCUGCAGGUCAUUCAGCGUGGUCUAGACUCUUUCUCCUAUGCCUCCUGCAUCCGUUUCAUACCACGCACCAAUCAGAGGGAUUACAUUUACAUUCAGUCUGAUAGUGGAUGCUACUCUUAUGUUGGUCGCCUUGGUUAUAGCCAGACUGUGUCUCUGGACCGCAGUGGCUGCAUCUACUAUGACACCGUCCAGCAUGAGCUGCUCCAUGCUCUGGGAUUCAACCACGAACAGACCCGCAGUGACCGUGACAACCACAUCCUCAUAGUCUGGGACAAUAUUAUUGAAGACAUGAAAUACAACUUCGACAAGAUCAACACUCUGAACCAGGGAACUCCCUACGACUACAACUCUGUCAUGCAGUACUUCAACACUGCUUUCACUAAGAAUGGUCUGCCCACCAUGAUUCCCAUCCCUGACAACAAUGUGGUCAUUGGCCAGGCAACUGAGAUGAGCCAAAAUGACAUCAUCAGACUGCAGAGACUCUACGAGUGCUGAACAGAAGAACUCCCUCUGUCCACCAGUCAGACACACCAGGAGAAUUCAAAUGGAAAACACACAUUUCAACUGCUGUGUAUAACUAAUCCACUAAUGGGAUUAUCAGCCUAUAUGUCUGUUUUAAUUUAUUGAUAAUGCCAUUAAAAACAAUCCUUCAAAUAAAUCUGCAACUAACAUUAAUAUCAA